AAGAUCCCACUCUACAUCGAACGUCGCCAGUGUUGGGCUUCGAUCCUUCGAGGAGGAGAGCACGACAUGCCUCGCUGAGCGUCAGAGCGAGAUAUCGAUGUCACCCGCGCAGUGGGCGUCGAGGUGUUCUCGGAGUGGGGCGCGCAAUCUAAACCCGAUAACGAAACCAGCUGGCAGCGGCAGUGCCGUCGUUUACGUGGAGGUACGACCUUCGCGAGAGAACCCGCUCUCGCGCCCGGUGCCGGACCGGAGUCAGGUCGCAGUCAGGUUUCCGCGGAGCAAAUCGCGCGGCGAGAAUCGGAGUAGAGAAACGGCGAAAUUCUCCCGCGAAAUCCCCGAGGAACGAAGCGAACCGAAGAGGAGAGACUGGAGAGAGAGAGAAGGAAAAGAGCAAAACAAACAUGCCGUGACCUCCCUCAGGUGUGACAAUGUGUACAACCCGACGAAGUCGACGGUGCUCAUAGCGCGUGCGACUUUCGAUCGCAAAGCCGUAGACGCUUCAUCGUCGACGUCGUCGUCGUCGUCGUCGUCGUCAUCGUCGACGUCGUUGCCGCGCGUGUUUUAUCGUGGUGUGCAGUGGUAUCUCCUGAUCCAGCCUCCAGGUGCUUAGACCGCUCGCGAUGACUACGAGGGAGCUCUACGUCAAGGGUGGCCGAGUAUGGGUGCCGCAUCCGGAGAAAGUGUGGGAGGGUGCCGUCCUCUUGGAGAACUACAAGCAGAAUCAGUCGACGCUGAAAAUACAUACAGAAGAGUCUAAUCAGACGAAGAAAUUGGAAAUCAAAUCAGAUGUGGAUCUUCCACCGCUCCGAAAUCCCGACAUUCUUAUAGGAGAGAACAAUCUCACAUCUUUAUCCUUUCUUCACGAGCCCGCUGUCCUCUACAAUCUUCAGAUCCGCUUUCAACGACAUUCCAUCUAUACUUACUGCGGCAUCGUCCUGGUAGCCUUCAAUCCGUACAACGAAUUACCCAUCUACGGGAAUGACACGAUAUGGGCCUACAGGGGCCAGGCGAUGGGCGACCUGGAACCUCAUAUAUUCGCCGUCGCCGAGGAAGCCUACACGAAAUUGGAAAGGGAGAACCAUGACCAGUCGAUUAUCGUCUCUGGCGAGUCGGGUGCCGGCAAAACGGUCUCCGCAAAGUAUACUAUGCGAUACUUUGCGACCGUUGGUGGAUCAGCAACAGAGACACAGGUCGAGAAAAAGGUUCUUGCCUCUUCUCCCAUCAUGGAGGCGAUAGGUAAUGCGAAAACCACCAGGAACGACAAUUCCUCAAGAUUCGGCAAAUUUAUCGAGAUCCACUUUAAUAAGAACUACCAUAUCACCGGCGCUAGCAUGAGGACCUACUUGUUGGAGAAAUCGCGGGUCGUGUUCCAGGCGAACGAAGAACGAAAUUAUCACAUAUUCUAUCAGAUGUGCUCGGCAGCGAAACGUCUUCCCCAGUUGUAUUUAUCCGAUCAGAAUCAGUUCCAUUAUCUCAAUCAGGGCGACAAUCCCACGAUCGACGGCGUGGACGAUCUCGAGGGCUUCGACGACACGAUCAGUGCGCUAACGAUGCUGGGCUUCACGUCCAAGCAGCAGGAUGACAUGCUGCGCAUUCUAGCCGCCAUAUUGCACUUAGGUAACGUAGAAAUAAGUAAUUGCAAGGUCAAGGACGCGAAUGAUGAGGUGGACACCGAAUCCAGUUACAUCUCUCCAUCAAAUCGACAUCUGCUGAUUAUCGCCGAAUUGCUCGGUAUCGACGUGAAGGCGAUGCGCAAGUGGCUGUGUCAUCGGAAGAUCGUAUCGAUGCGAGAAGUCUUCCUGAAGCCGAUGAACGUGGAACAAGCGAUUUUCGCGCGGGACGCUCUGGCCAAGCAUAUCUACGCCGAGCUCUUUAACUGGAUUGUGAUCGGCAUCAACAGUUCCUUACAGUCUCUCACCAAAGCACAGUAUUUCAUCGGUGUGCUGGACAUCUAUGGUUUCGAGACAUUUGAGGUGAAUUCGUUCGAACAGUUCUGCAUUAAUUAUGCAAACGAAAAGCUUCAGCAGCAAUUUAAUCAGCACGUCUUCAAGCUGGAGCAGGAGGAGUAUUUGAAGGAGGACAUUGAGUGGACUUUCAUCGAUUUCUAUGACAAUCAGCCGUGCAUUGAUCUGAUCGAGACUAAACUCGGGAUCCUGGAUCUGUUGGACGAAGAGUGUCGCAUGCCAAAGGGUUCGGAUGCCUCCUGGGCGGAGAAACUGUACACGAAAUGUAUUAAAUCAAAGCAUUUCGAGAAACCAAGGUUUGGUACUUCAGCUUUUCUCAUUCACCACUUCGCCGACCUUGUACAGUAUGAAACAGUGGGCUUCCUGGAGAAAAACCGUGAUACCGUGAUUGAGGAACAGAUGGACGUGCUAAGAGGCAGCGAGAACAAGCUACUGAAGAAACUAUUCAGCGAUGAGGAUCCAAAAUUGGCGGUACCGCAUACCAGGGUGAAGGUGUUCACGCAGAAGAAUACACAGCCGAACUCCAACAAGCAAAACAAGAAGACUGUCGGCUCGCAAUUUCGCGAUUCGCUUAACAUGUUGAUGGCCACGUUGAACGCCACGACGCCGCAUUAUAUUCGCUGCAUCAAACCUAAUGACGCGAAAGAGGCCUUCGAAUACAGUCCGGUGCGAGCGGUACAGCAAUUGCGCGCUUGCGGUGUUCUGGAGACCAUCAGAAUCUCGGCUGCAGGUUUUCCAAGCCAGCGAACAUAUAGUGACUUCUUCCAAAGGUAUCGCUGUCUCUGUAGAUUCAAGGAGAUACGGCGGGACGAUUUGAAGGAGACUUGUCGACGUAUACUGGCUAGGUAUAUCAAUGACGAAGACAAGUUCAAAUUUGGCAAGACCAAGGUGCUCUUCAGGGCCGGUCAAGUAGCUUAUUUGGAGAAACUGCGUGCGGACAAACAGCGGGACGCCUGCGUGAUGAUUCAGAAAACCGUGCGCGGUCUGAUUUAUCGUAACAGGUAUUUGAAGAUCCGUCGAGCAAUCCUCGGUCUUCAGAGAUACGGUAGGGGUUAUAUUGCGCGAAGAAAGGCGGAGGCCAUAAGGAGGGAAAGAGCCGUGAUAAAGCUACAGGCGCACUUGAAGGGUUGGCUGCAGAGACGAUGGUAUUUGGAAGUGAAACGCACAAUCCUUGCCCUGCAGACGUAUGGCAGAGGAUACAUGGCUCGCGUCAAAUACAGGAUAAUGAAGGACAAUGCCGCUGCAACGGUGAUUCAAAGAUUCGCCCGGGGAUACCUCGUAAGAAUGGCGUGUAAGAAGAAACUUAGGGACAUCAUUAUCGUGCAGUCGUGCUUCAGAAAGCGUCAGGCGAGGAAGAUCUUCAGGCAAUUGAAAGCCGAAGCAAGAAGCGUAGAGCAUGUCAAGUCACUCAACAAAGGACUGGAAAUGAAGAUCAUUACGUUGCAACAAAAGAUAGACGAAUUUGCAAAGGAAAAUCAAUUCUUGAAGAAUAUGCAAAAUGAAAUGAUGGAUUUGAAGCUCAAACUGGACGGUUUGAAAUCCGUCGACACUGAGAAUAAAAAGUUGAAAGGGGUGAUUCGGGAAAAAGAGAAGGAAUUGAAAAAUAUACAAGAAAUUCUGAAACAGGAGAGAGACGAAAAGAUGGAUAUAUUGCACGAUAAAGAAAGGAUUUCUCUACAAAAGAACGAGGAUAAUAAAAAGUUACAGCAGGAGAACGAGAGAUUACGAAAGGACCUUUCAAUAGCGAGUGAGAAGUUGAAGAGCAACCAACGCGGUGCUGAGGAGAAUCUAAAAUACCGUCUCGAGCAAGAGAAAGAUCUGCUUCGGCUGGAACAGGAUCAGGAUCGUGGAGCCUAUCAGAGACUGCUCAAGGACUACCAUGAGCUGGAACAGCAUGCAGAAACGUUGGAACAAAAGCUGGGCGCGUUACCUGGACACUCGCGUUCCUUGAGCAACGCUUCCAGUGGCAGUGGUCAACAAGCGUCCACGGAGAUUGCACAAGACGAUCAAAACAUCGAUUUUGGCUACGGCUCCGUGAGGUCCACAGCUUCGUCGUCGACGCCUUAUUCGCGAGUUGAAACGAUUGACUGGAAUCAACAACGAUCAGACAGUCCACCGGACGGAGAAGUUCAAUCAAGUAAAUCGCCUCCGGAAACAUCUGCACACGCACCCGUGGACAUCGGUCUAGUUCUGAAACUACAGCAGAAACUGAAGGAUGUCGAGAAAGAGAAGGGCAGAUUGAUCAGAAUGGUCGAGGAUCUGGAACGCGAUAGUAACGAGGAGUCCACCAGAACACAGGAUUCGUUCAGACUCCAAGAACUGGAAAUGGAAAAUUCGCAACUUAAAAAAGACUUGAACUCGUUGAGGAAGACGGUGUCAUUGGGCAGCCCAUCAUCCGCGCAACAAAAUCUCAUGAUACAAUUCGAGGCGCUGCAGGAAGAACUAGAAAGAAGAAGAGAAGAGUGUAUCCAGCUACAUAGUGUAUUGGCUGAUAACACACGCAGAAUGAAGAACUUAGGUGCCAAUUACGGUCGCGACGUAGACAUAAUAAACGAAGACGGCGAGCUGGUACUUGCAUUCGAGGCGCAGAAAAAAAUUAACAGUAAACUUAAGACAAAGGCACCGGGAGGAGAGCAACUGGAGGAUGAGCUGCAAGGAAAAGAAAGGAAUUGGAGAGCGCAAAGAGACGAAUGGCGAAACGAAAUAGACAGGUUGCAAGAAGAAAUAGAGAAACAGCAGAAACUACUUUCCAUUAAUUUGAGCAAAUCGCCACAAACCCAAGCGGAACUUUACAUGCAACACGAGGUUACCAGAUUAACGUCUGAAAAUCUAGAUCUUCAAGAAAGAUAUGAUAAAAUAGCAGAGGAAUGCAGACGCUAUAAGAAACAAUGUAGAAUCCUGGCAAAACGGCUGAAAGAUGCUGGCUUUGAAGGAGAGGAUCGCCCUUAUGUGCUAAGAGGCGCCGUGCCUAAUGCGGUAGAAUAUGUAAACGGCUCCGCGAAUUCCAAUACUUAUGGAGAUGGAAGUAACAUGCCUGCCAUUCGCAAGAAAGAAAGAGAUUACGAAGGAAUGUUUGAAUUCAGGAAAGAAGAGAUCAACGUGGUUAUACGUCAUCUAGUCAUUGAACUGAAACCCCGUAUAGCAGUGACAUUGUUACCGGGUUUACCGGCCUAUAUUCUCUUCAUGUGCAUCAGGCACACCGAUUGCAUCAACGACGACGACAAAGUACGAUCACUGUUGACUGAAUAUUUGAACGCUGUUAAACGCGUGUUGAAGAAGCGCGACGACUUCGACUCCAGAGUGCUCUGGCUGAGCAACACCCUGCGGUUGUUGCACAACAUGAAACAAUAUUCCGGCGACAAGCCGUUCCAAAUCGAGAAUACACCUAGGCAGAACGAGCAGUGCCUAAGGAACUUUGAUCUGAGCGAGUAUCGCGUCGUGCUGAGUAACGUGGCGCUCUGGAUCUUCAACAAUCUCGUCACGAAUCUCAAGGAGAGAAUCCAAGCGCUCACGGUGCCGGCUUUGCUGGAGCACGAAGCCAUAUCUGUGCCGACCGACAAAAGCGGUCGGCCCAGGUCGUCGUCAAUGGGCGGCGAGCCAGACUCCACGCAGCAGAAGCUGGAUAAACUUCUCGGCGAGCUGACGUCGGUGCACAAGACUUUGCAGUAUCACGGCGUCGAUCCCGAGGUUGUGGUACAAUUGUUCAAGCAACUGUUUUACUUUAUGUGCGCCAGUGCUCUGAACAAUUUGCUGCUGAGGAACGAACUCUGCCGGUGGACGAAGGGUAUGCAAAUACGGUAUAAUAUGAGCCAUUUAGAACAAUGGGGUAGAGAUCGACAACUAGAGACCGCGUCCGAAGCGUUGCAACCCAUCAUUCAGGCAUCGCAGCUUCUGCAGGCACGUAAGACGGACGAAGAUGUUAAUUCCGUCUGCGAGAUGUGCAACAAGCUGUCGGCUAAUCAAAUAGUAAAAAUCCUGAACCUGUACACACCAGCCGACGAUUACGAGAGUCGAGUUCCUGUCUCGUUCAUUAAGAAAGUACAAGAUAAACUGAAGGAACGCGGCGAGAACAACGAACAACUAUUAAUGGAUCUAAAAUAUUCCUAUCCUGUGAGAUUUCCGUUCAAUCCAUCGGACAUUCGGUUAGAAGACAUCGAAGUACCCGAGGUGCUUCAUUUGCCCAUGCUCAAAAAGGUGUAAUGCCAGAAGACAAGCAUAAUCAUGGUCAAGAUUUCUUCGUGCUAUACCAUUUUUUAGUUGAAAUUGUCAUUCUCGCGGAUAACCGAAACUUGCUUAGUCCCAAUCCCUGUUCGUACAAGAGUUAAAUACCGAUAAAAUCCGACUAAAUUAGACAUAGACGCAUCGAAAACGAUAUACAUAUAUCAUGUUUUAUAUGUGUUUCUUUUUUACUCGGGUAAUUUGUAGAUUUUACGAUAUGUCAUUGUUCCAAAUCACGCUCGCAUUAAAGUCAAUUCUGUUAUAUAGAUAAAAGUGUGAUCGGGUCUGGGUGAAAAAGAUCGAUAUUUUUCGUUAUUGUUGAUGUACAGCGUUAUACAUCGAAGUGUAAAAGAGAGGUAUGAAGUAUAAUAUUCUUACAAGGAUUUUACUUUGAAUCCACUAUUCUUUGCGACACGCAAAAAAAUCUAUUUAUUUUUUCUUAACAAAAUAUAAAAUUGUUAAGUUUUCAAAAAUAUAAGUCAAAUCGCGAUACGAAACAAUUUUCGUGCUCCUAAGAAAGUAAUGUAAACAAAUACAUGAAAACGAUAAUAAUAUAAAACUAUCAAUUUAUACAUAUUGAAACUUUAUUGCUUCAUAUCGCGAAUCCUUGUAAGAAUUUUGUACAUAUAAAGUUGAAAACUUGUUGAAGAUGUAAUUAAUGUAUAAAAUGGAAAUAUCUCGCGAGAGAUAGAAAGAGCAAGAAAAGAUAUAAAAUGUUACGUGUUGGAAUAGAUUGUAUAUUUUGAUACGAAAGAAAGAGAAAGAAUUGUUACAAAAAAUAGAGUCUGAUGUCAAAACGACAUAAGAAUGAGAAAAACAAAGAAAUAUGAAGGCGACCGAAAGAAAUAGGCAGAAUAUAUAUUGUUAUUAUAUUUUUAAUUUAUAAAUAUAUGUACAUGCGAUUGUAUUUUGUGCCAUUUUAUGAAUAGAUCAUAACAAUAUUUGUUAUUUCGUCCAGUCUGUCAUUGAUUUUGUUCAUUACAUAUUCCACAGAAUAGUGUCCGAAAAGAAAAAGAAAGAAAAAGGAUAUACCUUUUCUCGAGAGAUGUUAUAAACAGAAUACUACACAAUUGCACACCUUGACUCGAUGUGACAUUUAUGUGUUGCUAAAGUGAAAAUAAAGCCGUUGAUGACAGUUCUUA